AUGUGGAGCAGCGGGUGGGCAAUUUGGGUUGCUGGCCGGCGGGCAAUCCCUGCUGGCGAUGGGUCGAAUACGAACGAAACAUAUAGUACUAUGGGUCGCCUUUUGGUCAUCAUGCAUCGAAUUAAAAACGGAGCCAAAUGCCGCCCAAAGGUCGACCGACACGUACAGUCUACAUAG